AUGAAUCUCCAAAAUUUAAGUUCAGAAGGUUUAAGAUUUAAAAAUGAAUUGGAACAAUUAACAACAGCCAAAAAGAAUAUAAUAACCGAUUUAACAACACUUGCAGAUACAUUUAAAGGUACAGCUGCUAGGGAAAUUUGUGAUAUUUUGGAGCACCGUAUAUAUACGGUCACUCCAGUACGCAAAUUGUAUACCCUUUACUUAAUAGAUAGUAUCUGUAAAUUUGUUAAAAAUCCAUAUAAUAUUUUAUUCAGUCAAAGGAUUUUUGAUAUAUUUAGAUAUUUAUACACUCAAUCAUCAGAAGGGAAUCUUAGAGCAAGUUUGAAAGAAACAUUCUACACUUGGCAAGAUGCUGAAGCUGGUGAAGAGAUAUUUCCAAGAGAAACUCUAAACAAAAUUGAUGAUUUAAUUCUUAAAAUUAUAAAAAAUGAUAGAUCAUCUUCAACACCUGAUGCUUUACUUUAUAGAGGAAGACAAUUAUUGGGUAUAAUAUUAAGAUUAAAUGCAGAUCUUGAUCAAUUGAGAAAAGAGUCAAGUUUUUUAGUUAAAUCAGAAAUUUCAAGAAUUGAAGGUUUUGAAAUUAGACGAAAUAAUUUAAUAUCAAAAAUUAAUGAUAUAUCAGAUUUAUUAGAAGCUGAUUUAAAUCGAGGAUUAACUUAUGAUAAUAAUGGGUUUAGUUAUUUUGAUGACAGUUAUAACGAAAUUCAAAAAAGUUUAGAUGCUCAAUUCAAAGAACAAGAUAAAUUUUUAGAACAAAGUUGGAGUAGAAUUAAUAAAAUUAAAAAAAGUCAAUAUAGGAAAAGAGUAAAAGAAGAAAAAGAAUAUAACAGAAGAUUGUAUUUAGAAGCAAAUAAAGUCAUUCUAGAUAGAGCCCCUAAGAUGGAAUUUUUUCCAAAUUCAAUAAAUCAAAUCAAUUUUACAGAUUUUUUAAAAGGUUUUGGUAAACCAGUUACAAAAUACAUUACUCAAUUCAAAUUUGAAGAAGAUGAUAAUAGAAGAGAACAAAGUUUUGCUUCUGGUUUUGGUAAUGCUAAUCAAUCAAUUGGUUCAAAUGAUACUAGUUCAUUAGAUAAUAACGUGGUUAAAGUUAAAAAAGAAAAAGAAUCAAAUGAACAACCAACUACGAUUGACAUGCUCGGAUUAUUUGGUGGCGCUGGUAGCUUAAUUCUUGGAUCUGGAGCAAAUGCAAUUGAAGAAAAUUCAAGAUCAAAUGAAGAAUCAAAUGAAAAUUCAAUUUUGAAUAACACAAACUCAACUAUUAAUCAUCAAACUGUUCAAAAUAAUUCAUCAAAUGAUAUGAGUUUAGUUUCGAAUAAUUCAAAUGGUUUUGGAUCAUCAUUAUUAUUUCCAACAGAUCAAUUAAAUUUAAAUUCGAAUCCUAAUGAUACUAAUGAAGAUUAUGAUUAUUCAGCAAAUUAUCCACCACCACCAAAAGAAAAAUCACCACAUAAUCAAUUUGUUGCAAUAAAAGGAGAACCUGGUACCUUUGAAUUUUCUGAACCUUUAUCAAGUAAUAAUAUAGUUGAUCAAGCCAACGAAGUUUAUGACAUCAGUUCUGAUGAGGAUGUACAAAGUGAUGUUGAACAAAAUUAUUCAGAUAGUGAAUCAACUGUUUCAAAUACAAGUAAAGGAAUUGAAUCUCAAAGUUUUUCAACUACAGCAAACCAUCAAACUCAAAAUUUUGGUCAAAGAAGUAUUUCAAACAAUCAAGUUCAUUUAGAUGAAUCACAAACUCAAUUUAAUCAAUCUCAUCCUGCUGAUCAAACUCAAGAACUAAAAGAAAAAGAGAAAGAAUUAAUAGAAGAAGAAAAAUCAGAUUCACUGGAGUUAAUGGAAGAUGAUCAAACAAAUUUGAAUAGAUUGGGAUUACAUUUAAACCUUGAUGGUAGAGAAUCAAGUCCUCAUAUUUAUAGACCACCAACUCCACCAAAUCAAGGUCAUAGUUCAAAACAAAGUAGUCCAAUUACUAUUUCAUCAAUGAAUGGAAUUAAUAAAGAAUCUGAUUCUGAUAGUGAAAAUGAUUUACCACCAAUUGCUCCUCGUCCUCCAACUCCUCCACAAGUUGCUGGUGAAACAAAUGCAAAAUCAAUUUCACCAUCAUCAAAUAAUGAGAGUCCAAUAGAAGAAAGUGGAACUUUAGGUGAACCAUCAACAAAUGGUUUAGAUCAACCAAAUAAAACUAUUGAAUCAUUUAGUGAAACAAAUGGUACAACUGAGUCAACUGAAACAAAUGAAUCACCAAAAUCUCCAAUUACUCAACCAUCACCUUCUUUAGGUCCUAAAAAAUUAAGUUUUUCAGCGUAUAGAUCAGCAAGAAGAAAUUCAGAUAUUCCCCCACCAAUUGAUAACUCAACAGGUUUGGGAUUAACUUUUGGUAAUACAAAUAAUAAUAAUAAUAUUAAUAACAUUGGAAUUACUGGUAAUUCUAAUGGUCUUAAAUCAAUAUUAAAAAAAAAUAAUUAUAAUAAUAAUAAUCAUACCACUAAUGAAAGAAGAUUUAGUGAAGAAAUUGCAUUAAUGAAAAAAAGAAGAUUAAGUUUAGAUGAUGAAGAAGAAGCUGAAAAUCCUAUUCCAACUAAAAGAGUCAGAUUUUUAGAUGCCUUAUAA